AAAUGGGGGAGGGGCCUGUAGUACACUGAAGACAUCAUGAGGAUAGUUGUGGUGCAGGCAGCCAAUCAGAGGGGGUCCUUCGGAAUCCAACAGACCUCCAGGAGAAGCAGCGCCAGCAGCAGCAGCAGCAGAGCAGAGAGGGGAUGCUGCAGCAGCGCAGGGCUGUCCCACUGCAGAGCAGCUGCAGAGCACACGGAGCUGACACCAGCCCUUCAUCAGGACCAGCUGACAGGGGAACGUUGAACUACAGUCUGUCAGUCAUGGUGGUCCAGGUGCAUCCUUCAGAGAGUCCAACAAUUUUUUGGACAUAGCCAUGAACAGCUGCAGGUACAACGGGGGUAUCCCACGACCCCUCAGCAGCCUGAGCUCCUCCCGGAGAAACCUUCACGAGCAGGACCCUGAAACACAGCCCCUGCAGACCCUGCACAGCCCGGGAGUUGAAGUGGUGGUAUCCAAAAACGAUCCAAGUAAGGCAUCACACCGUAGCCUAAGAGGGGUUGAAGAGGGAAGCCAAGAAGCCCCGAGGGGGCAGAAGAAGAACCAGAACGUAGGAUACAAGCUGGGGCACCGUCGAGCACUGUUUGAAAAGAGGAAACGGCUCAGUGACUACGCUCUGAUAUUUGGGAUGUUUGGUAUCGUAGUUAUGGUCACAGAAACUGAGCUGUCUUGGGGGGUCUACACCAAGGAAUCCUCUUAUUCAUUUGCACUGAAAUGCCUUAUCAGCCUCUCAACUGCUAUCCUGCUUGGACUCAUCAUCAUGUACCAUGCCAGAGAGAUCCAGCUUUUCAUGGUCGACAAUGGAGCCGAUGACUGGAGAAUAGCCAUGACCUAUGAACGGAUAUUUUUCAUCACUUUGGAACUAACUGUGUGUGCCAUCCACCCAAUCCCUGGGCAGUACUCUUUCACAUGGACAGCUCGGUUGGCCUUCUUUUACACCACCUCUGUGGCCAACGCUGACAUAGAUAUCAUACUUUCCAUCCCCAUGUUCUUGAGACUUUACUUGAUUGGAAGGGUCAUGCUCCUACACAGCAAACUUUUCACAGAUGCCUCCUCCAGGAGCAUUGGUGCACUCAACAAAAUUAACUUCAACACUCGUUUUGUAAUGAAAACAUUGAUGACCAUAUGUCCUGGCACUGUUUUACUGGUCUUCAGUAUCUCAUCCUGGAUCAUUGCAGCUUGGACAGUUCGAGUUUGUGAGAGGUACCAUGACAAGCAGGAGGUCACCAGUAACUUCCUGGGUGCCAUGUGGCUUAUUUCUAUAACAUUCCUUUCCAUUGGUUAUGGAGAUAUGGUGCCCAAUACAUACUGUGGCAAGGGAGUCUGUCUGCUAACUGGAAUUAUGGGGGCAGGCUGCACAGCUCUGGUUGUCGCUGUUGUUGCAAGAAAACUGGAACUUACCAAAGCUGAGAAACACGUUCACAACUUUAUGAUGGACACACAACUAUCAAAGCGGGUGAAAAAUGCAGCUGCCAAUGUGCUCAGGGAAACUUGGCUAAUUUACAAACAUACGAAGCUUGUGAGAAAGAUCGACCAUGCUAAAGUACGCAAACAUCAGCGCAAGUUCCUGCAAGCUAUUCACCUGGCUCAGAAGCUACGCAGCGUGAAAAUGGAGCAGAGGAAGCUCAAUGAUCAGGCUAACACCUUGGUGGAUCUAGCAAAGACCCAGAAUGUAAUGUAUGACCUCAUGUCUGAGCUGCAAGAACGCAAUGAAGACCUUGAGAAGAGGAUUAUAACCUUGGAGACAAAGAUAGACUCCUUAAACACCUCUCUUCAGUCUCUGCCAGGGCUGAUUGCUCACGCCUUGCUCCGAGAGCAGGGAGAGCUCUUCCUUCUACGCUCCCAUCGCCCAUUUCCCCCUUCAAACAGCUCAGACAAUUCAUGGAGUCCACCACGUCGACGUACUUCUCCUUCCACCGCUCCCCACACCUCUUCAGACAGCGGCUGAAUGAGUGCAAGGGACAAGAAAACAGUCUGAGUGGGAGCAGUGGAGUAAAGACUUAAUGAGUUCACUAAUUAUUACUAAUUAUUCAUAGCCACUGUGUGGUUUGAUUAUGUCAGCUUUUUUUCUUAAAAGCCUUGGAUAUUUGUUAACCCCUGCGGGUUCUUUGAAAAUGCUGGAGUGAAAGUUAUAUUAAAAACAACAACAAAAAAAUGUUUGUGUAAACACGCACACGUGUGUACGCGCAGUGGCGCGAUUAACCUCCUCCUUGCUUCAGGGCUUACCAUGAACAGUAAUUUGAGAUUUAUUAAUCUCCCCAAAUCUUUCCAGAAAAAAAAAAUGUAUUUAUUUUCUUAAAGUCUGAUUUUUAAGGAUGUCUUCGAUGCGUAUUUCCUUUUCAGGAGCCUUCCAGUGGUAAGUUAUUGGCCAUAUUUUUCAUAACUCCCAUUAUAAAGAAGAAAGAAUGUUCUCACGUAUAUUUUAAUAAAUGCCUAGAAGGCAGGGUCCUUAUUAGCCCCAUUGCUACCAGAAAAGCCUGGAACGCCCACCUGGUAGUAAGGGGUUAUGGUGAAUAUGGUCCUUAAGUAAGGUUUUGGACUGUACGUGUGUGUGUUUACAUACAGAAAUAUGUAUAUAUAAAUAUACAUGCAUAUAUUUAUAUAUAGAUACUAUAGAUAUAAAAAAAAGAUCAGAACUGUAUUUUUUUAAUCUUACGGCCUGGAGUGGUGUAGUAUGACAUAUACAAGUGUACUGCCCCACUGGGUGGCAUGUAUUUAUGUAGAGGGGCCAGGGUGGGUGGCUCUUUUAUUAGAAUCUGUUUCUAAGAGACUAUUUAAAAAAAAAUGCCAAUUUAAUAUGGGAGACUUGAAAAAUACUGGCUUGAGGCACAUAUACAGAUUUUCUCCUUCAAAAGGACAGUCAGUAAAUUCCUGCUGCUCGGGCCAAAAAAUUAAGCAUAAACCUGGGCUCAGGGUGCCAUUAGGUAAGAACAGGAGGCAUACCGAUAGGGUACCCCACUAUUGUGGGAGGCCUGCACGACAAUAUUAAAUUCUUUCCUGAAUUGUAAUGGGUCCCUUAAAGGAAGGAUAGGUUUCUGUAUGUAAUGUGUGUGUUCAUUUCUUCAUCCAGUUACUAGCCUAAAGCAAGAGCCACGCACAAAACUUUCCUAUAGAGGAUCUAUAUAUCAAAAAUAUUUAGGGCCCCUUUUGUAUGCCAAAUAAUAUGCUACAUUCUCAUGGGUACUUUCCAAAUGUAUGCCACACAGCCAUUUUACCAAUAGACCACCAAAUAUUUUACUAACCAUUCUACAGGUAAUUGGAUCUGUUAUCCAGAAUGCUUGGGACCUGGGGUUUUCUGGAUAAGGGAUCUUUCUGUUAUUUGGAACUCCAUACCUUAAGCAAGUGUUCUAAAAAUGGGUUUCUUGAUAACGGAUUCUAUACCUGUACUAAAUACUCCUAACUCUAAUAUGAAGAAUUCUGGUAUACUUACAGAUUUCAAAGCCAGCUUGUAUUUAAAGUGUCCCAUCCUAAAUUGACUUUGUAAGUUGGUUAACAGCGUUGAAAUUGUGUACCAUGCUUUGUAAAACCCCCUAAUUCCAUAGUGGAUGUGAGCCUAUGCAAAGCAUUAUACUGUAGGCCUUAGAUCAAUGGCACGCGGCUCAUUUCCAGGUGGGUGAUAAAAUGCUCAAAAUUGCUCUCAAUUUCUUGCAGUGGCACACUUACCAGUCAGGCAGUUGUCACUGGCUGACUUUUUGCUCUGGAGACUGAUUCUUAAUCUAGCACCCACCCUGCCCAUGGAUUCCCUAUUGCACCCAUAGGGCAGUGUAGGGCUCUGUGAUGCCCCCUUUGGAAGGCUAAGGUCUUCCCAAGGACUAGUUUGGCUAAAAUAAUGGUCUAGUCCUAUAGUGGGACGGUACUUUAAACUGUGGGAAUAUACUAUUUAAUGGAAGAGCGAAGUGCACAGGAAGAAUGCCAAAUUUCAUUGAGUGGUUUAAAUGGAUUGUAAUUUCUGCCUAAUUGGUACAAUACAUUCCAGUGGCAAAUGGUUGGCAGGAAGAGACAACUUUUGGCAUAAGAACCAUGCAGAUGUUACUAGCAGCAGAUACUUACAUGAAAGAUAUAAGUUUUAUAAUGCAAUUAACUUAUAAUGUUACUUGAGGAAAUGUUGGGGAUGGUAGUUUUUUUAAUUAGCAUGAAUGGAGUCAGGGUGCUGGUGAUGCAUGAAAAAUACCCUCACUGCCAAAUAAGGAGAGUGUUUUUAAAAAUAUGUAGGGGCACCUUGGUGACAUAAGUACAAAAGCGAUUGGCAUUCUAUUAUGGGACACAGCUAAUAUAAGGUGGAAGAGUAUGCUUAAAUACCAGUCUUACAAAGUAAACAUAACUGAUUGUAGUUUGAUGAUUUUUUCAAUGUAAUACAUUCAUUUUAUUAAAUAGGUAAUAUAAUGCCUUUUAUUGGAUCAAUGUAUAUGUUAUCGCUAGUAGGGAAUCUGCUGUGUUCUGCAUUGUGGUAAUAAUUGCCAUAUGGUUUAUUUGAAUCUCACAAUGUAUGAGUAUUAUCACAAAUGUUAAUGGAUGUAAAAAGAAUAUAAAAACAGAACACUAGUUUAAUUUACAAUCUUGAAAAACCGAAGGUCAUUUUUACAAGAAGAAAAUAACAUUGUGAUUGAUGACGUACUUUCUGAAGUUAUCAAGCUUGUAAAUUCAAUCAAAUCUUGGAACAAUAAAAAGUGCUAUAAUACCUAUUCUCUACAAAGGCAAAGAAGGAAAACGUGAGUUUUAACGUUAUCAAUAAGGCUGGAGUUCUCAGUGGAAUUAAAAGAUAAUAUUGUAGAAGGACAGAACAGAUUUGUGCAACCAGGAGGAACCAAAAAUUAUUGGGGGUGGAUUAAUUACAAAGGCAAUAGUAUAAGGCAAGCAUGUUGCUAAAAGGGUAGCCCAGCUAUUUAAAGGAGUGAGUGGGUAUAUCAUGUUAGGAGAGUUUCUCAUCGGGGCAUGAGAUCCCUUACAAAAUCUAGUCAGCUUCCAGUUUUACUCCAAUGCAGGGACUCUUACUGCAAAAUAUCUACCCCUUCUGUGCUCUGCAGUGUGCUUGGGGGCCCUGUUGCAUGGAAGGGGUACGGAAGCCCUGCCUCUUAGAGACAGCUGGCACCAUUUGGUGUUUGGCUCUCAUUAGUAAUAUCUCAUUUCUAGAUUUUUAUUUCAAACAAACUAAAAAAAAAUUAAAUUGACACGUAGAACCUAUAACCGGUUUUCUAGAAAAUGUCUGAAUGCCACAGAUCUAGGAAAAAAAAUUAAAUACUGUUCAAGAAAGUA